ACCACACUCUUAGAUCAGGUUUAUUAGAAGCGUCUCUGUGACAAAACUUGAAGGUUUUACUGCUUUUAUUGGAUGUUCUCAGGGCGUUUCAGUCUACCUCUGAGCAGCCUGAAUAGCCAGAAAGAUGACAGACACUGAUGACAAAAAGCUGGAAGAAGGCCAAACAGACCCUGUAUAUGGAGGCUGCGAGGGACCAAGUGCUAUGUAUGUGAAGCUGAUAUCCAGUGAUGAUCAUGAAUUCAUAAUCAACAGAGACUAUGCCUUGACAUCAGGAACAAUCAAAGCUAUGUUAAGUGGUCCAGGCCAGUUUUCAGAGAAUGAAACCAAUGAAGUUUACUUCAGAGAAAUUCCCUCACAUGUGCUGGCCAAAGUGUGUACUUAUUUCAUGUACAAAGUACGAUACACCAACAGCAGUACAGAGAUUCCAGAAUUUCCCAUUGCCCCGGAGAUUGCACUGGAGCUGUUGAUGGCUGCCAAUUUUCUGGAUUGUUGAUUUUUUUUAUGAUUCUUUUCCGCAUAGAUUGUUACCGUUGGCCAAGCUGUUAUUGCAUGACAUGUAUUUCUAUUAUGAUUUUGUUAUUCCAUUAUCCUUAUUGGUAUUAUGUAUGUAUUUUUACUUAUGAAUGUUUACCACAUAUGUGACUCCCUAACAAUAACCUAAAAUUGUUGCUAUUGGUAUGUUACAAGUUUAUAUUAUAGACACUAACUUAUAAAUACCCUAUUUUCUCAAAAUAAUUUACUGCAGUCUCAACUGAUCUUUGAUGUAACCAUCUUCUUCUACAGGGAAAACAGACAGAUUAAAGUUGAUAAACUGGUAUGAUCCCGAAAUUACAUCAUAUUUUCUGUUUUAAUUUACAUGUAUGUUGCACAAAAGAAAUUUUGAUUACAAGGGAGUGGGAAAAAAGUUCCUCAUAACAAAAUGUAAUCAUUGCAAGUGCCUUUUUCACAUGUGAGUGCAAAUUUUAUAAAUUACGUUAACAUGAUAGCUUUAUACAUAAUUGUAUAUCACUUUUAAGUGUAAAUUUACAAAAACAGUUUUGUAUUGAUGUACUUUUUGUUAACUUUGUCAGCUCAAUAAGUAAACCAAGGAUAACCUGACUUGUUUUGUAAAACUGCUGCAAGGAGUGGUCUAAAGAAACACAAUAAAGGGUCUUUCAAAUCCAUUAUAA